AUGAAGCGGGUGAAGGAGGAGGUUUCGAAAGAUGCAGAUAUGGAGGUGAAGGAAGAGAUCCACGAGGUCGUCAGCUCUCGUCGAAGAAUGCGCACGAAGGUCAAGGCUGAGAUCAAGCGUGAAGUGAAGCAGGAGGACACGAAGUCGCAAAGGGAGUCGACUGGCGUAAAGCAGGAGAAAGCGGAUGAGGAGCAGCAGAUACAAGUCAAGCAAGAGGACUUUGAGCAGCCUGGGCCGAAAAGGCGUCGAUUGAGCCAGAAGAGUCCGGACGUCUUCGUUCCAUCCUUCGAGUCGCGAAUGACAGAGUGGGCUGAGAAAUGCCUAGCAUUUCAAUCCUCUGGCAAGACGUGGCUUCCCACGAAGCCCUGCUGCCCGGCUAGCCCUUUUCUUGGCUUGGCAGCAGCUCCGUGGCAAGGAUGUGUGAGAGACAAGACAACAGCAUGCGUGCAGCUUCUCGGCAAAGAGCAGUUCAGAGAGCUGCGCGACUUCUACCACGAGAAUCCACACCAUGUCCUGUUCCAUGACAACAGUGACGCAAGAAGCGAGCGACAGACAGAGACCACUGCCGCAUCCAGGCCACAGGCCCAAAAGAGCUCAACCGGCAAUCAGCACCGAGCAGCUGAGUGCAUGAAGAUGUGGCCUUGGAUGCGGGACCUUCCCACGCGAGCUUGGGCGGGCAACGGCUGGCUGCUCGUGGAGGACGGCAUGAUGAAGCUCUCGCCGACUGGAGGGGGCUCCGCGAUGCAGGGUCUCGAGAUCUUCGAGUCCGUGGGCUCCGUCCCAGUCGUCACAAGGAGGUUUGGAGGCCUGGAGCGCCAGAGCGGCAUGCAGGGAAUUGUCUGGCGCAAAGACGUGGCAUGCUGGCGCGCUCAAUGGUGGGAAGGCAACAGCCGGAAGUCUUGCAUCUUCCCCAUUUCCAAACACAUGAAGCUGGGCCUCAGCGAGACCGAGGCCGAAGAGGCGGCGCUCGAGGAGGCCAAGGCUUUCCGCGAGGAGCUCCUGCGCCAGGGGAAGCUGAAGCCGCCGAAGCCCAUCACGGAGAAGACCUCCGGCUCCGCGGUGAGGGGCAUUUUGUACAACAAAAGCAGUGGAGAGUAUCGGGUGCAAUUCACAGACCCUUCCACCCACAAGAAAGUGCACGGAGGCUAUUUCAAGGUGAAGGAGGAGGCCGAGGCCAGGGCUCGGGAGCUGGCCAAGGAGUUGGGGGUGCAGGAGGAGGUGGUGCCGGUGAAGUCGCUCUCGGAGCUCCCCAACUUCGAGCCGCUGGGGCCGCAGCCAGGGAUCAAGUGGAACCGUGGCGAGCAGGCCUGGCAUGCGUGCUGCGCUGUUGGAGGCAAGACCCGCAACAUGAGGUUCCGCCCGAAAGACUUCUCGGCGAAGGAGGUGGAGAAGGCCUGGAAGCAGGCGGUGGCCUGGCGCAAGCAGCAAGAGAAGGAGAGAGAGCAGGCUGCACAGUCCCGGAAGCGCUGA